CGGAUUGUAUAGAAAAUGAAUAUCGAACGGACCAAAUCAAUAAAUAACCCAUCGAAAUCUUUAUUAGCAGUUCACGGUAAUGUACAAGUCUAUAUUGUUAUCCCCGCGAGCUGACUCCUACUUGACGCUUGUUCCCUUAUCUUAUCGACGUUGCGUUUGCUUUUCUCUCAACAAGUGCCGGAUAAAAAUUGAUUAACACUUCACUACCAUAUAGCAUUUAUUUCAGAUUUUUUACAUAUCUGGAUCCGAAAUUUGUGCAAAUUUAUUUAACCGUGGUGAUGUACAAAAAUCUUUAAAUAUAAUAAGCCAUUGGAUCAGUUGCUGAAUGGAGCAAGUUGGAGCUUGAAUUCCGCAAUGCCAGCUCCAAAUGUAGAACCGUUCACCUCAUCGAACCAAAGAAUAAGGAGAUCAAACGUUUCUCUUCCUGAACGCGCAACGCCUCUGGAAGCUUUACCGACUACAUCAAGAAGAAACACGAUUACAGAAGGAAAUGGCUCAAAAGUUCGGAAAAAAGUCAAAGCACCUGUUACGCCCAGUAUUCCAGAAUAUGAAGUGACUGAUGACAAAAGCAUUUCGUUUACGGUGGAAAAGGAAACGAAAGGCGUAAGCAGGAAAACAUCGGAUGCUUCAAGAUUGAGUGCGGCUAGCAGCAGAAGCAAAAUAUCCCACAGUUUCGACAACAAAGCUUUCGAUGGAAAAGAAGGAAAUUUGAUUAGAAAUGAGUCUGCGAAUAAUAGCAUCAGAACUGAUUCUCGAGCUCCUAGUGUUAGAAGUUUAGAGAUCUACAGAGAACAGUACUGUUGCUGCGCAAGAAGAUCGAAAUGCGAAAAAUCUCUACUAGUCACUGUAACCGUAUUAAUAAUUAUAAUAAUAGUUCUUGUCAUAGUUAUAGCAGUGCUAGCUUCAAACAAGCAGUUGCAUCAACUCUUCAGCGUAGCAAAUAGAUGAAGCCGAGCAAGAAUUGACGAAUAAUUGUUGAUAAAAUCUUGUAAAGGGCUUCAACUAAUUGAUACCUUUAUAGUUUCUUAUGCCACUCGAAGAACUCUCCAAAAAAGGGAAAUGUGUCUUUGCAUCAAUAUUGGAAUUAAUACAUAUAUAAAUCAAUUGAGGGGCAUGUUGGCAGAGUCCAUUGGAAGCAAACAAUAUUUCAAUAAGCUACUAGCAAGCAAAUUUAUAAAAUUUGAUGAAAGUCGAUUGACUCAUUUAUAUUUCUAUGCUUUGGACAGCAGCAUCUGCUAAACAAAGCAUUUGACCUUCGUGAUAUUUACUUCAAUUUUUCCCACUUAAAAAAAUUGAACUAUAAAAAAUGUAUUAGUAUCAUUACUAAAAGCAACGCAUAAAAUUACAAAACUUUAAAUAAUUUGGGGUGUGGGAUGGGAUUUGGACUGGCUUGGAUUUGUUUUGUACUGUGUACAAAUAUGUAUAAGUAUAAGUGACAAAACAGUUUUGUAUGUAUUUUAUAGAAUGUUAAACAAUGUGUAGGUAUGGUUUAUUAAAGGUAACCUACAACUUUAACAA